AUGGCUGAGUGUGCUGUGGCUGAGUGUGCUAUGCCUGAGUGUGCUGUGCCUGAGUGUGCUAUGGCUGAGUGUGCCAUGGCUGAGUGUGCCGUGGCUGAGUGUGCUGUGCCUGAGUGUGCUAUGGCUGAGUGUGCCGUGGCUGAGUGUGCUAUGGCUGAGUGUGUCGUGGCUGAGUGUGUUAUGACUGAGUGUGUUCUGCCUGAGUGUGCUAUGGCUGAGUGUGCCGUGCCUGAGUGUGCCGUGGCUGAGUGUGCUAUGGCUGAGUGUGCCCUGGCUGAGUGUGCUGUGGCUGAGUGUGUUCUGGCUGAGUGUGCUAUGGCUGAGUGUGCCCUGGCUGAGUGUGUUAUGACUGAGUGUGCUAUGGCUGAGUGUGCCAUGGCUGAGUGUGCUAUGACUGAGUGUCCCAUGCCUGAGUGUGCCAUGGCUGAGUGUGCCCUGGCUGAGUGUGCUGUGGCUGAGUUUGCUGUGCCUGAGUGUGCCCUGGCUGAGUGUGUUAUGACUGAGUGUGCUAUGGCUGAGUGUGCCGUGGCUGAGUGUGCCGUGCCUGAGUGUGCCGUGCCUGAGUGUGCCCUGGCUGAGUGUGCCCUGGCUGAGUGUGCCGUGGCUGAGUGUGCCGUGGCUGAGUGUGCUGUGGUGAUCUUUCAG